GUAUUGCUAUUAGGAGAAUUAUUUGCUAACAACUCGUAUAAAAUUGCUUUCACAAUGAUAAAAUGGUAUGAGUAUUGUAAGUCAAACCAAAGGGAUCACGAGGUAUCAGAAAUUUAUGGAUGUUCUCAGCUAUCAAUAUUAAAUGAUUAUAAUGUAGUACCGUUAGAUUCCAUAAUGUGA